GUGCAUUUUGUGGUCUAAAAUGUGGACGUAUUUCAUGUGACAAUUGAAGUGCAUUGAAGUGAUUGCGUGUCUCUUCACUGUGUCUUCAAAUCCAACACUCGUUUCAAUAUUUUUAAACAUUUGUUUUAUUAAUUGAUUUAAUCGUUACAUAAGAGGAGAGGAAAUGGCUGUCGGAAAGAAAGCGUUGACUCGAGAGGAAGAGCUUCUUCUUCAGGACUUCAGUCGCAAUGUGUCGACCAAAUCGUCGGCACUUUUCUAUGGAAACGCUUUUAUUGUUUCGGCGAUUCCUAUCUGGUUGUUCUGGCGGAUCCAUCAAAUGGAUUUGUAUCAGUCGAUUGUGGUGUUUGUGUUGGUGUCGGCGAUCAACACAUGGCUCGUGUCGUUCGCCUACAAGAAUAUAAAGUUUGUUUUGAAGCACAAAAUCGCGCAAAAACGAGAGGAAGCGGUCGCUAAGGAAGUGAUGAGAGGUAUCGGAGACGACAAGAAGAUGACCAAAAAGGAAAAGGACGAGAGAGUGCUCUGGAAGAAGAACGAAGUGGCGGACUAUGAGGCGACCACUUUCGCCAUCUUCUACAACAACACACUCUUCUUAGCGCUCGUUGUGUUCGUCUCCUUCUAUAUCCUGCGAUCCUUUAGCCCAACAGUGAAUUACUUGGUUUCGGUCACCGGUUCCGGUGCUCUGUUAGCCUUGUUCUCCACCGGUUCCCGAUAAUUGAUCCGAACCUUUCAUUCUUAUCAUUUAUUUUGAUAAUAAAUUUUAGUUUCACUUCCGAUAAAA